UCACCUGCAAAUAUCCUGAAACCAACAAAAAUUAUCAAGUGAUCAAAGUAGCAGUCCCCAAGGGACCGCCGGUACCAAUCUCUAGAAACAACGUAUGGGAAAAAGUUGGCAAAUAUUCACUGUACCAUGACACACAGCAUAAAAGUCUCAGGGUGUCCAGCAGUGACAUUGGGGAGUACAAAUGUCUAUUUUUCGAACAAUCUAACUCUGAACCUGUCAUAAAUGAAAUAGAGAUUGAAGAUGGUAGGAGCUGCCCAGAACCAUUUACUCACACUGCGUACACAACAGCUAAAACCACCAUCACAUGUGGACAUGGAGCAUUGAAGUCCAAUCUUUUCUGCAAAGACAAUGAUUUUACCUGAUGCUGGUGUCUACUGGUGUGGAGAUAAAUCAACUCACAGAACUUCCACUUCUAGAGUUUUACACACAAAAGUACAUCUGGACGUUAAAAAUAUUCCUGUCUUAACACGAUAUCCAACUAUUGGAAACAGCUUCACACACCGUUGUAAUUACCAGGAGGGUACCGAUGUAUCCGCCUUUCCAAAAUUCAUCUGUAAGGGAGAAGAUCCAUCCAAGUGUCAACCUCUAGCAAGAAGCACACUGCCUGUUUUAAAUAAAAGGUUUUCUUGGACUGAUGACAGAAAGGGAAGCAUCACCAUACAACUAAAUAAAGUGACAACAGGCGACAAAGGGACUUACUGGUGUGGAGCAAGAACAAAAGCAGGCAGCAAACUGUUCUUCCAAAAAAUCAUCCUGAAUGUUGCGCCUCCAACAACAACACCUUCUAUCAUUCCGUCCACAUCAGAGCAUUCAACGGCGACUUCCGUCCCUUCAACCCCGUCCACUACUGCCAUGAGUCAGGAUACCUCUUGGUUAACUGCAGUCAUAGCUGCAGUCGUUUGUGUAGUUGUGCUGGUCCUCGUGGUUAUUUUGGUUGUUGUUUACAAGCGAUUUGAGUGUUCAAAUACGAGCACAAAUGGAGAUGGACCAGACAAGGAGGCUUUCUAUGACAAGAUACAAGACCAACACCCCACCUACUCCACAGUCAACCACCCGACCAGAGUUUCUGAGGACCCUUUCUACUCCACAGUCAAGCAGCACUGA